GUAGGCAAAUGAGGGAACAUGCACAUUAAGACAAGAAGAGGAUGUAGAGAAGAAAAGGGAGGUGCAAACGUUCCUACAUUUCCAAGAGUAUUCAUUGCCUCACAGACCGCCACGGGUCCUGACUGAAGACAGAUCUGAAGACUCUUCUCUCCCUCGGCAUUUCAGGCUGUAUCAAUGGAGUCUCUCUCAGUGUCAACGAACAGCUUCACUUUGGACCUUUACAAGAAGCUGAAUGAAACUUCCAAAGGCCAAAACAUUUUCUUUUCUCCUUGGAGUAUUGCAACUGCUCUCGCCAUGGUCUACCUGGGUGCAAAAGGUGACACCGCAACCCAGAUGGCUGAGGUUCUUCAUUUUAACCAGACUGCAGGAGAAGAAGGUUCGCCUGAGACAACAAGGCUUUCUCAGAGGAGACCAAAGAAAAGAAAGCUGGAUCCUGAGCACAAGCAAGCUGAAAACAUCCACUCUGGCUUUAAAGAGCUCCUGUCUGCCAUCAACAAACCCAGAAGCACCUACCUGCUGAAGAGUGCCAACCGACUGUAUGAGGAAAAGACCUACCCAUUACUGCCCAAAUUCUUACAGCUCAUUACAAGCUAUUACAAUGCAAAGCCACAAGCUGUAAACUUUAAGACAGCUGCAGAACAAGCCAGAGCACUGAUCAAUUCGUGGGUUGAAAAUGAAACUGAGAGGAAAAUCCAGGAUCUGCUGCCUGCAGGAUCUCUCAAUUCUCGCACUGUAUUGGUCUUAGUAAAUGCCAUUUAUUUCAAAGGAAAUUGGGAAAAGAAAUUUCUGGAGAAAAAUACUUCUGAGAGGCCCUUCAGACUGAGCAAGACCAAGACUAAAUCAGUACAGAUGAUGUUUCUGAGAGAUACAUUUUUGAUAUUCCAUGAAACAACCAUGAAGUUCAAAAUCAUUGAGCUGCCAUACAUGGAAAAUGAACUCAGCAUGUUCAUUCUCCUACCAGAUGACAUCAAUGAUAACACCACCGGUCUGGAGCUGGUGGAAAGAGAGCUGACCUAUGGGAAACUUGCUGAAUGGACCAGAUCAGACAGCAUGAUAAAAGCUGAAGUGGAUCUGUACCUGCCCAAGUUGAAGGUGGAAGAGAAUUAUGACCUUAAAUCCACUUUGAGCAGAAUGGGGAUACGAAAUGCUUUUGACCCCGUUCAGGCCGAUUUCACAGGGAUGUCAGCUAAGAAGGAUCUUUUCAUCUCAGAAAUUAUUCACAAAGCUUUUGUGGAGGUCAACGAAGAAGGUACCGAGGCAGCAGCUGCCACAGGUGUCCUGGUGCUCAGAUCAAAAACACCAACGAUGACUUUUAAAGCUGACCACCCUUUCCUCUUCUUCAUCAAACACAACAAAUCUCAAACCAUCCUCUUCUUUGGCAGACUCUGCUCACCCUAGUCAGAGUUACUCCUUGCCCCGCAGGGCAGGAGACACUCGCUUGCCAGCUCAGAGGCAAAUGCCAAAACCUGAAACUCCUGCUGCAACUGGGGGGUGUGGGACCUGAACCCUUUCUCCAUCAGACCAUGCACCCCAGGGCGAGAGGCACAGCUCCUCCUGCGCUUCUCUCCUGCUCUGAAGGGACAACCACGGCAGCGGGGAGUGCACAACACCCUGCAUCCACAGAGCAAUCCUGGCUGUCAUUCAGACCAGAACAUCAAGGGUAGCUCUGUGCCCUAACCGUUAUUAGCUAUGGCAUUUCUAUUCCCUUCCCUCACAGCGGUGUGUACAAAUGCAUGCUAACGCAG